AGGAACUGUUUUGGUUCAAUAAGGCCUAGAUGCCUGGAUUGACAUAGGGCGGUACCAGCAACAGAUCAGCCAUGGCCAGCCCAUUCUUGAUGGAUUUGUCUCUCCCGGGCAUGCCGGGAAGAUAUCAGCUUUAUAUCAGCGAAACGGCUCUUCGCUUUGCCGAUCAGGAGGAACAGAAUAUGAAGAUCAUUCCCAGGAACUGUGUGUCGACCAUUACCAUUCGUGACACCGACAGAACUUUCUCGACCACUGACAUGCCCAAAGCUCUGGCUUGCACUGGUGUCGGUGGUGUUGUCUCUGGCUUGCUGGCCCGGCGCUCCAUGUAUGGCAUCAUUCACAGCAGCUGGGAUGAAAUACAGCAAGCUGUCCCCUCAAGUUUCCGCAGUAGUCAUGAAUGAACCGAACUUGUUUCUUAACAAGUGCCUUACUAGUAGUAACAAGUGCCACGCUACUAGGAGCAAGUGCCUUACUAGUAGUAACAAGAAGCUACUAGUAACAAGUGCCUUACUUUUUAAAUGUUUCUUAAAAUGGUCAUCCUCCUGUGUCCGUCGAUGUAGGGUCUAUGGAACCUGCUUUUUCCACAUGUUCUCAGAGCCUGAGCACGGUGGGUUGGUCCUGUUUCCUUUCACCGGAGGCGACUGACUUGAACAUUGGCAUUCCGCACACAUUCCUUUUCAUAUUGGCAUUAGGUACGGGCUGUUCAACAAGUUGGCCUUGAUUUUUGAAGCACAGACUUUACUCAAUGGCAUCAGGCCUGCCAUACUUUAGGACGACACCUUUCUUCGUUCAUGGUGCCCGGUGAAGCCGAGCACAAGGUAAAGGUGGCCUUGACCUUUUUGGCGUGGUCGGUGGCUGCUUUGGAAUGUGCGCUCCGCUUUGUGUUCGAUUGUUUUAACGAAGCCUUUUCUGUCCUUUUCAGUGCUGCAUGUUGCUUCCGAUAAUGAGGGCUUGCUCAUAAUUGUGCAAACGCAUUUGUCAAGCGGCGGGUUUGCGCGAUGGUUCCUAUGACACAGGUACUUUGGAUGGAAGUUUGGCCAUUGGGCCACCUGGCGGACAUGCAACAGACUAUUUGGUCCUUUCCACCAGAGUCUUCAGUGACCCCGCUUUCUUUCAGAACUCAAGGGAAUGUCUGAUUGGAGUGGUGUCAGAAAGAUGGAAAGAGAUGAUUGUUGUCAUCGGAUCGUCUCCCGGGAGAAAUCUUGGUGGAAGAUUUCUCCCCCCUUGGAAGACGAUUUUCCUCUACCACCCACUGCAUGGAUCUAGCUGCCCCAUCUAAGCCCUUUACUCCGUCGGGUGUUAGGUGAGAAAUGACAAAGGAAUCGAACCUCAAGAGAAUAAUAGAUUAAUCCAGAGGCACACUAGUAAACAACGAAUUCAGGUGAAGCGAAGAAUUUACUGUGAAGCUGUAACUGGCCGCUCACAGAGUUGCACAAUUGUGUCGACAGGAACCUUAUUUUUGCGACUAGUUUUUGCACUUUGUUCUAAAAAGAUCGACUCUUACCGGAAUCAAAGUCUAGCAACAAACAUUCUCUUCAAAGUUGGGCAACAUUUUUGUCUGAUAGGGCAAGGACAAAUUUGGAGGGUCCGGCUGCCGGCUGCGCCAGUGCGAUGAUUUUUCCUCUACAAAGUCGGGGUUUGCAUUUUUUGUUUAUUGGAUAGAGGGUAUCCUUUUGGACCAAAACCGAGCUAAGUGCACUGGAGCCAAGGCCUUUCGAAAGCAGCACACUGUGGAUGGCUCCUUGGUCCAGCUGCAUACCGCAGGAGAUGUCACCGGCUUCAACUGCAGCGAUUUGAAGGCUCAGGAGCUUGUCCGCUUGCUGCUAUGAGGAGAAAAUGAAGAAACCCAUGCAUGCGUUUGUACUAAAACCUGAGUGACCCCUGUAGUUUCCAAACCGGGCUCAGAUGGGUCUAGGCAUGCGUCAUGCGUACAGUUGUAACCAAAAGUAGGGAAUGUACGGAGUAUGUAUUCUUUCAGACAUGUUGGCUGCAAAACGCCAUACGUGUCCGCUUGGCUUGGCUGUGCUGGCAAGCACAAAAGGCUCACCAGCCAGUCGCAGGCAUGUCUCACGAUAGCCAGCGGCAAUUGGUUCACACCAUGGGACAAAGUGGCCAUGGGAAUGAUGCCUCAGCGCAAGGUAAAACCAUAGAAUCUCAUCUCCGCAAGUUAAGGCUUGUGAAUCAAAGG